AGCACCGGUGAGCAGAAAAGAUGUCUACUCGUUACCACCAAGCUGCUAGUGAUAGCUACCUGGAACUUCUGAAAGAGGCGACCAAGAGAGAUCUGAAUCUUUCUGAUGAAGAUGGCAUGACACCCACGCUCCUGGCAGCCUACCAUGGGAACCUUGAAGCUCUGGAGAUUAUCUGCAGCAGAGGAGGGGACCCUGACAGAUGUGACAUAUGGGGAAAUACUCCUCUACACUAUGCAGCCUCCAAUGGUCACACUCACUGCGUCUCAUUCCUGAUCAACUUCGGUGCCAACAUCUUUGCCCUAGACAAUGAUCUACAAUCUCCACUGGAUGCCGCUGCCAGCAGAGAACAGAAGGAGUGUGUUGCUCUCCUGGAUAAGGCUGCCACAGCCCAGAAUGUCAUGAACUCCAAGAAGGUCGCCCGGCUGAAGGAGCAGGCACAGAAGAAUGCCAGGAGACAGAUCAAAGAAUGUGAGAGGCUCCAAGAGAAGCACCAAAACAAGUUGGCCCGCACCUACAGCAAAGAGGAAUCCUCUGGGACUCUCUCUUCUUCCAGGGGCACUUCAUCCAGCUCAUCCCUUUCAAAUGCUCCCACUUCUAUCACCUUUGGGUCGAUCUCAAAGGGCAUUAAAGACACCUUCAGGUUAAAGUUCAAGAAGAACAAAGACACAGCAGAGCAAGCAGAGAAGGGGAGCAGAAGCGGGCAGAGGAAUGUGAUGGAAGUGUUCAGAGAGGAGGAGGAGGGAGAGGAAUUCUCAGGGGAUUUCAAAGAGAAGCUUCAUUUUUUAGCAGAGGAGGACAGCGGUACCCAACACGAAUCCAUUCUCAGCCGCCCGGGUCUUGGAAAUAUUCUUUUUAAAAGAAGCACUAUGUUGAGCCCCGAAGAUAUCUCAGACAGCAAGAGGGAACUGGGAUUUAAAAUGCCCAGUGAAUUGUUUCAGAGGCAAGGAGCCGUAGAUGCUGAGGAAGCCGAGACAGGUGAGGGCAGGGAGGAACCAGACCAGGAAUGUGACCUGCCUUGGGAUGAGCACGAAGUGGAGUGGGAAGAAGACGUGGUGGACGCGACGCCCCUGGAAGUCUUCUUGCAAUCCCACCACCUGGAAGAAUUCCUCCCCAUUUUCUUGAGAGAGCAGAUCGAUCUAGAAGCUCUGUUGCUUUGCUCUGAUGAGGACCUUCAGAGCAUACAAAUGCAGCUGGGGCCCAGGAAGAAAGUUCUUAGUGCCAUACAACGAAGGAAGCAGGUGAUCCAACAGCCUGGGCUGCUGGUCGACACCAGCCUCUGAUGAAGUGUGGGGUGCUGGACCGAGAAGGCAGUAAUGGGGUGAUGCUGUGGCCCAUAGGAACCUUUCUGGGCAAUGCCCCCCCUCUAUCCAAAGCAAGACCAGUGGGGAUGUCUUCUAGGAUCUUGAUUAUUUCUACCUGAGAAAGAGGGUCAAAUUCUGUUCUGAGUAAGACUCUGCCUCUCCUAGUGAAUCACCAGUGUGACACUCCAGGGGAUUUGGGGGCAAGAAAAUGACAUUUCUUUCCAACUAUAUUUUUUAUGUCUUUGAGUAUGAAUGACAGAUAUGGGAAAGGACUCCCUUUAUUCCCUAAUUCUGAAGUUAAAAAUUGUCUUUCAUCACACUAGUGUUUACUUUCUGAUCCUCAUGGUUGUGGGGGUUCUCAAUCCAGUUCUGCCCUGAGGACAAUCAUGUCUUCUUAUGUAUCACAUCACUUUCAUUACAAAGUAGAUGCACUACCCAGGUGAGCUACCUUGAUGACUCAGCUCUCCAGUUUUGCCUGUUGGUGGAGGCUAAAGCUUUUCCAUUGGCCUGAGGCUUGUUGCCCAACUUAAAUGUGUCUCACCCUUCAACAGAUGCUUACAAGGAAUGGAAACAGCUCUAUAAUACUUCUGCUUGGGAACAGGGGUAUAAUGGCAGGUAGGGGGGUAUGAGGGAAGAAAUGUUC